AAAAGCGAGUUGCAGUCGUUGCUGAGAGCAUCAGUUGUUCAAAAGCUAUCGAAGUGAGCAAGCAAAGUGACAGCAAGCGUUUUAAAGGAAAAUCCCUCUAGUGAAACAUCUCAAUAACCGAGCUAAUAGUGGAUUUAUUGACUUUCGAGUGCGAAGAAAUAAACCGUUUUUAGUGAAUUUAUUGUGCACGUUUUUCCUGGUGGAAAUCGCAGUGAAUAGCAGUUUAUAUUUGCUGUAGAAACUUCAAACAUCCUUCAAGAUGCCAGAAGCCGCCGGUGAGGUUGAAACCUUUGCGUUCCAGGCUGAGAUCGCUCAGUUGAUGUCGCUGAUCAUCAACACGUUCUACUCGAACAAGGAAAUCUUCCUGCGAGAGCUGAUCUCCAACUCGUCGGAUGCCCUUGACAAGAUCCGCUAUGAGUCGUUGACCGAUCCCUCAAAACUGGACAGCGGCAAGGAGUUGUUCAUCAAGAUCAUCCCGAACAAGGAAGCCGGCACAUUGACGAUCAUCGACACCGGUAUUGGUAUGACGAAAGCUGAUUUGGUUAACAAUCUCGGUACGAUUGCCAAGUCUGGAACGAAGGCUUUCAUGGAGGCAUUGCAAGCCGGUGCUGAUAUCAGUAUGAUUGGCCAGUUCGGUGUGGGUUUCUACUCCGCUUAUCUAAUCGCCGAUAAAGUCGUUGUGACAUCCAAGAGCAACGAUGACGAGCAGUAUGUUUGGGAAUCUUCGGCCGGAGGUUCUUUCACAGUUCGCACUGACACUGGAGAGCCAUUGGGACGUGGUACAAAGAUUGUUCUACACGUAAAGGAAGACCAGCUUGAAUAUUUGGAAGAGAGCAAGAUCAAAUCCAUCGUAAACAAGCACUCGCAGUUCAUUGGCUAUCCGAUCAAGUUGUUGGUCGAAAAGGAACGCGAGAAGGAAGUCAGCGACGACGAAGCCGAGGAGGAGAAAGAGGACAAGAAGGACGAGGACAAGAAAGACGACGAACCAAAGAUUGAGGACGUUGAGGAUGAUGAAGACAAGAAGGACAAGAAAAAGAAGACGGUCAAGGUCAAGUACACCGAGGACGAAGAACUGAAUAAGACAAAGCCGAUUUGGACUCGUAACGCUGAUGACAUCUCACAGGAAGAGUAUGGAGAGUUCUACAAAUCGCUGACUAACGACUGGGAAGAUCAUCUGGCUGUGAAGCACUUCUCCGUUGAAGGUCAACUGGACUUCCGUGCGCUUCUUUUCGUCCCCCGUCGUAUGCCGUUCGAUUUGUUCGAAAACAAAAAGAAGAAGAACAACAUUAAGCUGUACGUCCGUCGUGUCUUCAUUAUGGACAACUGCGAGGAACUGAUUCCGGACUACUUGAACUUCAUCAAAGGCGUCGUCGACUCAGAAGAUCUUCCGCUGAACAUCUCUCGUGAAAUGCUGCAGCAGAACAAGAUCCUGAAGGUUAUCCGCAAGAAUCUGGUCAAGAAAUGCUUGGAGCUGUUUGAAGAGCUAUCGGAAGACAAGGAGACCUACAAGAAGUUCUACGAUCAGUUCAGCAAAAAUCUCAAACUCGGAGUUCAUGAGGACAGUCAGAACCGCCAGAAGCUGGCUGAUUUACUGCGGUUCAACACAUCUGCUUCCGGUGAUGAGUAUUGUUCCUUGGCAGAUUACGUCGGCCGCAUGAAGGAAAACCAAAAGCACAUCUAUUUCAUUACUGGUGAGAGUAUUGAACAGGUCAAGAACUCUGCAUUCGUUGAACGAGUCAAGAAACGUGGCUUCGAAGUACUGUACAUGACCGAAGCCAUCGACGAGUACGUCAUCCAGCAACUGAAGGAAUACCAAGGCAAGCAGCUGGUUUGUGUAACCAAGGAAGGCCUUGAGCUGCCGGAGGAUGAAGACGAAAAGAAGAAGCGUGAAGAGGACAAGGCCAAAUUCGAAAACCUGUGCAAGGUCAUGAAGUCGGUUUUGGACAGCAAAGUUGAGAAGGUCGUCGUUUCGAAUCGUCUAGUUGACUCGCCCUGCUGUAUCGUCACCUCACAGUACGGUUGGUCCGCCAACAUGGAGCGUAUCAUGAAGGCCCAGGCUCUUCGUGAUUCAUCUGCUAUGGGUUACAUGGCCGGCAAGAAACACCUGGAAAUUAACCCGGAUCAUUCGAUUAUUGAAACCCUUCGGCAGCGAGCGGAAGCCGACAAGAAUGACAAAGCCGUCAAGGAUCUGGUUAUACUUCUGUUCGAGACUGCCCUGCUCUCUUCCGGUUUCUCGCUGGACGAACCUGGAGUGCACGCCUCCCGCAUUUAUCGUAUGAUUAAGCUGGGUCUGGGAAUCGACGAGGACGAUGCGCCAAUGAGUACUGAAGAGGCUGCACCCGCUGCUGCAGGCGAUGCUCCACCACUGGUUGAUGAUUCGGAAGACGCUUCGCACAUGGAAGAGGUCGAUUAAUUUAAUCGUUAGGCUGAACUCAUGACUUAUGAAUUGGUCAUCGCAUCAACUCAUCUAUUCCAAAAAUUCUGUUUCAAGAUUGUUAUUUAUAAUCUACCUUAAACAAGUUUAGAUUGCAAAUCCCGCUUAGAUUUUAACGGUCUUUUUGUUCCGCGUUGUAGCGGUUACGGAAGUUUAAUGUACAUUCUGGUCAUUUAUUUUUAAUUCUACCCGAUAGUUGUAACGCGAGAUCGCAGCACACGUUUGGAACUGAUUACUAUUAUAGAAACGAAGCGGUGGGUCGUACAUUGGAAAACGUGUAUUUAAUAAAAUAACACAGUUGAACAAAUAAUAA